AUAAUUAGAGACUCUAGUCUCCUCCUCAAACCCCUAAAUCUGAGAUGGGUAGGAGGAAGGAACGUAUUGAGGAGUCAGCCUGAGAUUCUCAAGACAGCUAGGGAAGGUGGGGAGGCCUCAGGGAACAGGAGGUUGUGACUGGCUGGGAAAACUCAGUUCGGUGGGGAGAGGGCGUGCAGUGUGGAGCGACUGAGUUUCAGGACUGUUUCAGGGCCCGGGGCCCACUUGCGUGCCGCCACGGGUAAAGCACUUCGGGUCUGAAGUAGAGGAACGAAUCCCAGCUCCGUCGCAUGUCCCCCAGUAAGGAAACAGAAGAGCUGCUUCGUAGGGAGACUCACUGGAAGGCUGCUUCUCGCAGCCAGCAGUUUUUACUUAGAUUAUAGUAGGUAUUUUAGACCAAUAAAAACAGUCGCGAUUUUCAAAAUGCCUUUAUUUGCAUUUUACAAAACUUGAGACAUUGUUAAUUAUUUAUAUCCUACGUGGGGGGUGGGAAGCUUGCUGGAGGUGAUGGGGCUAAUAACCACCCCUCUACCUCGCACCUUUUGGCGUCACCACGGCUUCGAUCUCUGGGAUCUUCUCUCUCAGCCUCCUUUUGUUCGGCUGUGUCAGGGAAGUAAUGAGUUUUCCGCAAGUUGUAGCAGAUUCUGUAACACCGUCCCUCGGGACCUCACUGCCAGUUUUAAACACUCGGAGUCCUGGGGGCAGGCUGAUGUGGGAGGUGGGGAAAGAGGCAGGAGGUACCCGCCCGCCCCCCGCUGUAGCCGGGUGUGGGGCGGACACACCCGGCCUCCAUCAAAGCCUUGGAUAACAGAGAGCCUCGGGGGAGCAUGAAUGGGGCGCCUUUGUUUCCAGUCGGAUUCAGAUGCAUCUCCACUUUCUUUCCCACAAGGCACAGAAACAAUUUUCUUCGUGUGCGGCGGGGAGUGGGUUGCCUUUUUUUUUUUUCCCCCUCGAACCCAGAAUCUGCGAGACAGGGCCUGGGUCUCUGUCGGGAGCAACUCCGGAAAACCCGAGAGAACGCAGGAGGGGCGCGGGAGAGGACAGUGCGGGGGGGCGCUUCGGGGUGCCUCCACAGAUCCAGCCCCGGCCCCACCUGCGAGGAGGCGGGACCUUGCGGCGCUGGACCAAUCAGCACCUACCUGCGCUCACCUGGCCCCCCCCCCCCCUCUGGCUCCCGCGAGCCGCGGUUCUCAAAGGGACGCGCUGAGCUUAGCGGAGCACUAACCCGCAGUCGCGGCAGCUUUUCAUCUCACUCUCUCCAGCCAUGGGGCUCCCUAGUGGGCCUCUCGCGUCCCUCCUCCUCCGCUUCUUCCUCUUACUCCAGGCGCAGGUUUACUGGCUGCCGCGCGCGGCCUCCGAGCCGUGCCGGGCAGGCUUCGGGGAAGCUGAAGUGACCUUGGAGGCGCGAGGCGCGGAGCUGGAGCGGAGCCGGGCGCGGGGGAAUGUGGUUUUCACGGACUGCCCUGGGCAAGAGUUGGCCCUGCUGACUGAUGAUGACUUCACUGUUCUGAACAACAAAACAGUCCAGGAAAGGAAAGCAUUGAAGAUCUCCCCAUCCAAACGUAUCUUGCGAAGACGCAAGAGAGAUUGGGUGGUCCCGCCAAUAUUUGUCCCUGAGAAUGGCAAGGGUCCCUUCCCCCAGAAGCUGCAUCAGCUCAAAUCUAAUAAAGACAGAGGCACCAAGAUUUUCUACAGCAUCACGGGGCCUGGGGCAGACAGCCCCCCUGAGGGUGUCUUCACCAUAGAGAAGGAAACGGGCUGGUUGCUGUUGAAUAAACCACUGGACCGGGAGAAAAUUGCCGAGUAUGAGCUCUUUGGCCAUGCUGUGUCGGAGAACGGUGCCUCCGUGGAAGAGCCCAUGAACAUCUCCAUCAUCGUAACAGACCAGAAUGACCACAAGCCCAAGUUCACCCAGGAUGUCUUCAGAGGGAGCGUCUUGGAAGGGGUACUACCCGGCACUUCUGUGAUGCAGGUGACAGCCACGGAUGAGGACGAUGCCAUCAACACCUACAAUGGGGUGGUUGCUUAUUCCAUCCACAGUCAAGAGCCAAAGGACCUCAUGUUCACGGUCCACCGGAGCACAGGCACCAUCAGCGUCGUCUCCAGUGGCCUGGACCGGGAGAGAGUCCCUGAGUACACACUGACCAUCCAGGCUACGGACAUGAACGGGGACGGCUCCAGCACCACGGCUAUGGCCAUAGUGGAAAUCCUCGAUGCCAAUGACAAUGCUCCUGUGUUUGAGCCCCAGCAGUAUGAGGCCCAUGUGCCUGAGAACGCAGUGGGCCACGAGCUGCAGAGGCUGACAGUGACCGAUCUGGAUGCCCCCAACUCACCGGCAUGGCAGGCUACCUACCGCAUCGUGGAAGGUGACAACGGGGACCAUUUUACCAUCACCACCCACCCUGAGAGCAACCAGGGUAUCCUGACAACCAAGAAGGGCUUGGAUUUCGAGGCCAAAAACCAGCACAACCUGUACGUUGAAGUGAUCAACGAGGCUCCCUUUGUGGUGAAGCUCCCAACCUCCACGGCCACCAUAGUGGUCCACGUGGAGGAUGUGAAUGAGCCGCCUGUGUUCGUCCCACCCUCCAAAGUCAUUGAGGUCCAGGAGGGCAUCUCCAUCGGCGAGCCUGUCUGCACCUACACCGCGCGGGACCCCGACAACGGGAGUCAGAAGAUCAGCUACCACAUCCUGAGAGACCCAGCAGGGUGGCUAGCAAUGGACCCAGACAGUGGGCAGGUCACUGCUGCAGGGGUCUUGGACCGUGAGGAUGAGCAGUUUGUGAGGACCAACAUCUACGAAGUCAUGGUCUUGGCCACGGAUGAUGGGAGCCCUCCCACCACUGGCACGGGGACCCUCCUGCUAACACUGAUGGAUGUCAACGACCAUGGCCCGGUCCCUGAGCCCCGUCAGAUCACCAUCUGCAACCAAAGCCCUUUGCCUCAGGUGCUGAACAUCACAGACAAGGACCUGUCCCCCCACACCUCCCCUUUCCGGGCCCGGCUCACACACGACUCGGACAUCUACUGGACGGCAGAGGUCAAUGAGAAAGGAGACACAGUGGCCUUGUUCCUGAAGAAGUUCCUGAAGCAAGACACAUACGACGUGCACCUUUCUCUGUCCGACCACGGCAACAAGGAACAGCUGACGGUGAUCAGGGCCACCGUGUGCGACUGCCACGGCCAUGUGGAGACCUGCCCCGAACGCUGGAAGGGGAGUUUCCUCCUCCCUAUCCUGGGUGCUGUCCUGGCUCUGCUGUUCCUCCUGCUGGUGCUCCUGUUUUUGGUGAGAAAGAAACGGAAGAUCAAGGAGCCCCUUCUGCUCCCAGAAGACGACACCCGUGACAACGUCUUCUACUACGGCGAAGAGGGGGGUGGCGAGGAGGACCAGGACUAUGACAUCACCCAACUCCACCGGGGCCUGGAGGCCCGGCCUGAGUUGGUUCUCCGCAACGAUGUGGUGCCAACCUUCAUCCCCACACCCGCAUACCGUCCACGGCCAGCCAACCCAGAUGAAAUUGGCAACUUCAUCAUCGAGAACCUGAAGGCGGCCAACACGGACCCCACGGCCCCACCCUAUGACUCCCUGUUGGUGUUCGACUAUGAGGGCAGCGGCUCCGAUGCCGCCUCCCUGAGUUCGCUCACCUCCUCUGCUUCCGACCAGGACCAAGACUACGACUAUCUGAAUGAAUGGGGCAGCCGCUUCAAGAAGCUGGCAGACAUGUAUGGCGGGGGUCAGGACGACUAGGCCUCCCUGCCUGCAGCGCCGGGGGCCUAAACACCAGGCCCGCAGCUGCAUCUCCAAGGGGUCUCCGUCCCCACCUCGGCCAGGGACUUCGAAGCUUGUUGAGAAGUAGCCUUAGCAACUUGGAGGGAAGAGGCGUGACGUUAAAGGGGCAGGUUUCUAAGCCUUUCAGCAUGGAGGGACCCGGGCAGUUUGAUUUCAACAGUGAAAACCUCUUAGCCUCGGCCAGGGCUGCUGAAUUUCCAGGAGUCUCUCCCCUGCCGUAAGAUGCUCAGCCCUGUGUACCGGGCCUGGACUGACUCUGACUCCCCCAUGUUGACGUUCUCUCUGGAAUGGACCCUCCUCCUUAGAAAGAGGCCUCUUAUUGCAAUCUGGAUUUUUUUUUUUUUUUUUAAUGCUAUUUUCAAAAAGUUAGAACCAGGUCCUCAGCCGCCCCUGGGGUCCUCCAGAAGCCCAGGCCAGAGCUGCCUGGCUCAUGUGCCCUCACGCGUUGCAUUUCUCUCUGAUGUCUGGACCCCGAGGCCUCCUGUUUGAAUGGAUUACUGCGUUUUUAUACCGAGCGUGUUUAGGUGGUCCUUUAUUUUUUACUUUCCCUAUCGAGUGCUGUAGAGGAAGGGUGAUGACAAUGCUGUAAAUGUACUAGAACUUUUUUAUUAAAGGAACUUUUCCCAGA